AUGUCAGAAGCUCAGGAAAUGGAGGUGGAUAUCGCUUCUUCCUUGGACGAUCAGAUCGUCAGCGGACCAUCUAGCCCUGCGCAUAUCUCCCCUCUCCAUCUGGAUCUUCGACGACAAACCACGUUAUUACUCGAUGAUCUUGGUUACUCCCCUUCUUCCCCAGCUCCAGUAUCGGUACCACGCAUAGUAUUCGACUAUGCUUUCAAUGCUUCGUCUUCAUGUUCUACCACUGAGCUGCUCGAUGCCUUGUCCCUCAUCUGCGCUUUCGAAGGUGUAUCUGCCUUUGUCAUCUCCAGAUUUCAACCCGUCCUUAUCGAUCUUCUGGCGCGAUGGCUCGAAGACUCUGCCUUCUCAGAUAUAGAACUCCUAGAGAAGAGACUUACCACUCUCACAUCGCUGGCGGACGUCUAUCCAGAAUUAUGGAGCUUAAUCCACACAUUCAUUGUUCAAUCGCCUUUUCGAACCUCUCCUAUAUCAACUAUACCACUCGCAGAAAUACAGACCGCCCCUGUAGAACGACUACACUCUCUUUUGCUAUCCCAACUGCGAUUAAUCACAGCCGAUCCUCGUAUAGCCACUCGUGAUGAUUGGCCUUUGUCGACCCUUCAUACGUUACGUAUGGAACAUCCCGAUCGUGGGGUCAGGCUUCUAGCAAUUCAAAUAUUAGCUAAGCAGAGAGGGUGGAGUGAAGAAAAGCGUAUGAAAAUGGAGAAAGAAUGGGUAGGGGAGGUUGAUAAGGUGGAUGCGAAUAUCGCAUACGGAAGCGAAAUAGUGAAACUGCCUGGCGGAGGAUAUCAGGUCCGCAAGAUUGUAGUGGAUGGGUGGAUGUUACCAAUAAAAGAGGCUCAGCGUAUAGGAAACGCUCGACAGUCAAUAUCAGACUUUACCUUCUCCAAUCACCCCUUGAUCAAUCCUUCCGACCUGUCUCACCAUGUCACGCUAGUCGCGGAAUCAUUAUUGUUCUGCGCUUCGCCAUUCUCAACCCUCACAACAUCAAUCUUACAUGUUCGUACCACACCUACCGAUGUUGCUCUGCUCUCAGUUUGCCCCUUGUUACAGCUUGGCCUACCAAUCCUUCUUACCUCCCCACCUUCUUCAGGGAAGACACAUAUUCUGCAGUAUCUCUCGUCAAUGCUAUAUCCUUCUCAGCGACCAACGAACCGUAUCCUCACGAUCCCUCUAGCAGAUACUUCCAUCGAUGUGAAAAGUCUGAUUGGUACCUACGUCUCAUCCCCAACCAACCCCGGAACUUUCGAAUGGAUGGAAGGUGCUUUAGCCAAAGCGAUUAGAGCGGGACGAUGGGUGAUCUUCGAAGAUGUAGACAGGGGUAGCACGGAAAUGCUGGUAACUCUCGCUAGUAUCGCUAGAAGUUUGAAGGCCGGACGGCCUGGAAGAAGAGCAAGAUUAUCCAUACCGGGACGAGAAGAUAUAGAAGCAGGGGAUGGUUUCGCUUUAUUCGUCACUCGGACCACUCGGACAGGUUACACAGUACCAAUUUUCUUCGGUCACCACAUUUUCCACGAAGUUCACCUUGAUUCUCCUUCUGAUGAAGAUAUCCUGGAAAUUCUCUCUGCUCGAUUUCCGCGUCUUCCCAAAACUCUUCUCACAAAAUUGGUGAAUAUUUGGCAUCUUUUGCGACCAUUCGACAAGCUAUCCGGUCAAGUCAAGGCUAGAGAUAUUGGCUUGCGAGAUUUAGAAAAAUGGUGUGCCAGAGUGGAACGAGAGCUGCCGUCUUCUGCUUCCCUCGCUUCCUUAGAGCAAUCCGGCGCUACGCUCCUCUCUAACCCAAUUGUUCAGGACGAGAUCUUUCUAGAAGCCGUUGAUAUCUUCGUGGCGUCUUUAGACAAUAAAGGUGUUUCGCUGCAGAAACGAUCUCAAAUGCUAGAGGUAAUCUCUACAGGCUUAGGGAUGGACGCAGAUAGGGUUUCGGCUUUGGAAGGCAGAAAACCCAAUUUCGAGGUCAGCCCCACUUUCAGACAGCUUCACAUUGGCCGAACUGUCAUGGACAUGUUUGGAUCGUCUCGCCGUGAAAGUACCUCAUCUUCACGCCCAUUCGCCCUUACCAAACCAUCUCUUGUGUUGCUCGAACGAAUUGCAGUAUCCCUUACCCUUGGCGAACCAACACUGCUUGUCGGUGAGACAGGUACUGGCAAAACAACUGCUGUUCAGCACAUCGCUUCAAUCGUCAAAAAACCUCUUACCGUCCUCAAUUUGUCGAUGCAAACUGAAAGUAGUGACUUGCUUGGCGGUUUCAAGCCAAUCGAUGCUUCCAUAUCAGCUAGAAACCUUCAUGUGCGAUGGCAAAAGCUGUUUUGCGAAACCUUUAGCAUGGGUAAAUCUCAGAAUGGCGCUUAUGUGGAAGCGGCGUCGAAAGCCUUAGCUGGUAGGAAGUGGGGUCGGUGCGCAGAUCUUUGGUCUUCUUCGGCUAGAAGAGCUAUCGACAAGUUGGGUAAAGGAGAAAGCGAACCUGUAACACCGGUCGAAGGCGGCCCACCAAAGCGUAGAAAGAUCACCAAAGCCACGAAAGUAGCCGUUCAAUGGCAAUCGCUGCUCGUCGAUAUAUCCGACUUCAAUCGCUGCUCGUCGAUAUAUCCGACUUCGAUCUCCAUCAUGUCAAAAUGA